GACACUAUCAGCUGUUUGGCAAAAGGUAAACAAAACGUGCUUCGUUUGCCGACAUGCCGCCAAAGUCGAGUAAUAAAAAAAACCAAGCUACUUGGUAUCACUGUGACAAAUGUGAUGUGCAUAUAACGAACAAAUCUCGGGAUACUCACGAGCAAGUGUGUCCUAUAACUGACGAUGGAAGUAGCGCAGCUGUGGACACAGAGUUUGUGCGCAAUGGGUCGCUUUAUACGAGCAGCGUGCAGCAACGAAAUUUCGAAGUGGAAUCUUUGAAGGAUCUACCUGCGAAAUAUGCCAAUACGCUUUUAUUUAUGUCUGAAGGUGCCAUACAGCUCGCUCAAUUUCACAUAGGGCAAAAGGUAGUUAUAGAACCAGCAGUAGAAGAAGAAACAAAAGCCGAAAAACAAGCGCUGGUUCGCAUCCUUUGGCCCAUUUCGGAGCAGUUCCUUACAACUAUUUUCGCCACAGCUGAAGAUUUUAGACAAAAUUGGUCUGCAUUCCAAGGCAAAUUGCUGCGCAUUUCAGCUCUCAAUCACAGUCAGCUCUUUGCCGCCGCCAGCGUCUCCUUAAGACAUUCAAACUCCAACAAAUCCGAGUUGGAGCCAAUCCAUCUUCAAGAUGUGGCGGCGGUACUUAAGCGCAACAUAGUCAAUCAAAUAUACAGAACAGGCAGUGAACUCUAUUUGAAUUUCUUUAACAAGCCAUUGACUUUUCGUUUGGAAAGCUGGCAAGGAGUGGAGGACGAUGCUCUGGAGGAUGCGCUGGCAAAUCUUAGUUUGGCUAAUACCCAACAAUUUGUGCAAAUAACAAAUUCUACACGGCUGGAGCUAUUACUUAACGAAGAGAAAAUCAAGCAACAGCAACCGGAGCUGGAUCAAAACUUAACUAAAGUAAAGGUUGGCGGAUUGGAUAAGCAAAUUCAAGUGGUAGAAGAAAACAUGAAUUAUGCGCUAGGCUACAAGCCAAUGCCGAAAGGCAUCAAAAUAUCCCGUGGCUUGCUACUUUAUGGCGCCAGCGGCUGUGGUAAAUCCUUGGUCUGCGAGGCCAUGUGUUCGUCUGCCCAGAAAAGCAACCACAAUGUCCAAAUCAUUAAUAUUAGCAGCGGCGAAGUGUUUAGCAAAUUUCUGGGUGAAACGGAGCAAAAGCUGGCCGCAUAUUUUGAACGCGCCUACUCGCAUUACCCACAUCCCUCGGUGCUUAUCCUGGAGGAUAUUCACACGCUUUGUCCGAAACAGGAUUCAAAUGACUUGGUCAAGCGCGUUUCGAUGGCAUUGCUCUCCCAACUCGAUCAGCUCAGCAGCGGUUGUCGAGUAGAGACGAGUCGCACUUUCCUGCUAGCUACGAGCUCGCAAAUUGAUGCACUACACCCAAGCAUAAGACGUGCAGGACGCUUGGAUUGUGAAUUGGAGCUGGGUCCGCCUAGUCCUGCUGCUCGUAAGGAGAUUUUGCAAUGCCAACUGCAGCAGUUGGAGCACAAUAUAAAAGACACGGAAUUGGAACACAUUGCGAGCAUCACACAUGGCUAUGUGGGCGCCGAUUUAGUUAAUCUUGUAUAUACAGCAACGCUAGCUACGCUGAAGGGGGAGCCUCGCGCUCUAGAGCUGCGGGAUUUGCAAGCAGCGCUUACGCAAGUCAAGCCUUCAGCUAUGCGCGAGGUUCUGAUUGAGAAUCCGAAUGUGCUUUGGUCGGAUAUUGGCGGGCAGGCGGCAUUGCGUCUCACUCUGCAACAAGCCAUCGAGUGGCCGUUGCUGCAUGCAGAUAAAUUUCAGCGUUUGGGCAUAAAGCCACCUCGUGGUGUGCUCAUGUUUGGUCCACCUGGAUGCUCGAAGACAAUGAUAGCCAAGGCGCUGGCUACUGAAAGUAAACUUAACUUCUUAUCCAUUAAAGGCCCGGAGCUCUUCUCCAUGUGGGUGGGCGAAUCGGAGCGUGCGGUACGUGAAGUUUUUCGCAAAGCUCGUCAGGUGGCUCCGGCGAUUGUGUUCUUUGACGAAAUCGAUGCGAUUGGCGGGGAGCGCUCCGAAGGAUCAGCCAGCGGGUCAUCUGUUAAGGAGCGCGUGCUCACCCAACUGCUGACCGAGCUGGAUGGUGUGGACGCUUUGCAUAAUGUCACCAUUGUAGCCGCCACCAAUCGUCCAGAUAUGAUAGACAAGGCACUUCUCCGGCCCGGUCGCAUAGAUCGCGUCUGCUAUGUGGGCUUGCCAGAGGCGGCGGCACGUCGCGAAAUUCUGCUCAUCAAGCUGCGUGCCAUGCCCUUAGCUGAGGAUGUGAAUGUCGAUCAGCUGGUCACAUUUACCGCAGGCUAUUCGGGCGCAGAGAUUCAAGCUGUUUGCCAUGAGGCAGCGCUCAGCGCCUUGGAGCAAAGCUUCGAGGCCGAGCUCGUGCAUUGGCGACACUUCGAAUUGGCGCUGGCAACGGUAAAGCCGCGCACAAGUCCCGAACUGUUGCGUCUCUAUCAAGAAUACAUUAAAAAGUAGAUAAUAAAGUUAACUGUUAUGUUCCCAAAAACUAUUUCGCUUCAAUUUCA